GAAACGUGCCUCUCUUGUCACUGGAAAAUGACACUUGAUGUAGCGGAGCCUGCCGCAGCUCCCGUUCGUCCUAUUGUUUCUUAAACUGCCAUCUGAGAUUUUUUUUUUCUUUUUUCUUUUUCUUUUUUUUUUUUUUUGCCUGCUGCCAUUCGAGGGGUGUCUUCAUACAAAAGGGACUUCAAGUACUCCUCCGGCUUGUGAGCGCUGCAACCAGCCCCCAGCACCCCGCCAACCCCUGCAAGCACCCAAACAAACUGCACACGCAGCAAACAGCAGCGACAAACCCCGGCUCUGAUUGCCUCUGGAUUUUUUUUUUUUAAUGUGCGUGCCUAUGUUUGCUUUCUCUGACUUGCUUUGAUUCCAGAGAUCGGCUGCAGAGAGAAAGAAAAAAGAGAAAGAGAGGAAAAAAAAGCCCACCCCCGUAUAUAACAGUCCGCCUGGCGAUUCUGUCACUUCUAUAUUUUUUUUCUUGAGUAAAGAAGGAAGAUUUGCGCCGUUGUUUCUGAUUCAUGUUUGGGAUUCAGGAAAGCAUCCAGCGGAGUGGGAGCAGCAUGAAGGAAGAGCCCCUCGGCGCGGGGAUGAACGCGGUGCGGACGUGGAUGCAGGGAGCCGGCGUCCUGGACGCCAGCACGGCCGCUCAGAGCGGAGUGGGUCUGGCUCGGGCUCACUUCGAGAAGCAGCCUCCCUCCAACCUGAGGAAGUCCAACUUUUUCCACUUCGUCCUGGCUCUGUACGACCGGCAGGGGCAGCCCGUGGAGAUCGAGCGCACUGCCUUCGUGGGCUUCGUGGAGAAGGAGAAGGAAGCCAACAGCGAAAAGACCAACAACGGGAUACACUAUCGCCUGCAGCUGCUCUACAGCAAUGGGAUCAGGACGGAGCAGGAUUUCUACGUCCGACUCAUCGACUCCAUGACUAAGCAGGCAAUAGUAUAUGAAGGCCAAGACAAGAACCCCGAAAUGUGCCGAGUCCUGCUCACGCAUGAAAUAAUGUGCAGCCGCUGUUGUGACAAGAAAAGCUGUGGCAACAGAAAUGAGACUCCAUCAGAUCCAGUGAUAAUUGACAGGUUCUUCUUGAAAUUUUUCCUCAAAUGUAACCAAAAUUGCCUAAAAAAUGCAGGAAACCCUCGAGACAUGCGUCGAUUCCAGGUUGUGGUGUCUACAACAGUCAACGUUGAUGGUCAUGUGUUGGCGGUGUCGGACAAUAUGUUUGUACACAACAACUCCAAGCACGGGCGGAGAGCUCGAAGACUCGAUCCCUCGGAAGGUACGCCUUCUUAUCUGGAACAUGCAGCUACACCAUGUAUCAAAGCCAUCAGUCCAAGUGAAGGAUGGACUACAGGAGGUGCCACUGUCAUCAUCAUAGGAGACAAUUUCUUUGAUGGGUUACAGGUCAUAUUCGGCACCAUGCUGGUUUGGAGUGAGCUGAUUACUCCUCAUGCCAUCCGUGUACAGACGCCUCCCCGACAUAUCCCAGGGGUUGUAGAAGUCACAUUGUCCUACAAGUCAAAGCAGUUUUGCAAGGGAACGCCUGGAAGAUUCAUUUACACAGCUCUGAACGAACCCACCAUUGACUAUGGUUUCCAAAGGUUACAGAAGGUUAUUCCCCGGCACCCUGGUGACCCUGAACGCUUGCCAAAGGAAGUAAUACUUAAGAGGGCUGCUGAUUUAGUAGAAGCACUCUAUGGUAUGCCACAUAAUAACCAGGAAAUAAUCCUGAAAAGAGCAGCAGACAUCGCAGAAGCACUCUACAGUGUCCCCCGCAAUCACAACCAGCUCCCCGCCCUUGCUAACACGUCAGUCCAUGCAGGAAUGAUGGGAGUGAAUUCCUUUAGUGGUCAACUAGCUGUCAAUGUCUCCGAAGCCUCACAAGCCACCAAUCAGGGUUUUACUCGCAACUCAAGCAGCGUGUCACCUCAUGGCUAUGUGCCAAGCACCACCCCUCAGCAGACAAAUUAUAACUCUGUCACAACAAGCAUGAAUGGCUAUGGGAAUGCUGGAAUGUCAAAUUUAGGCGGUUCUCCAACCUUCCUGAAUGGAUCUGCUGCCAAUUCUCCCUAUGCCAUUGUGCCAUCAAGUCCGACAAUGGCCUCCUCCACUAGCCUCCCCUCAAACUGUAGCAGCUCCUCUGGGAUUUUCUCCUUCUCACCAGCCAACAUGGUCUCAGCGGUGAAACAGAAGAGUGCUUUUGCGCCUGUCGUGAGACCGCAAACUUCUCCUCCUCCCACCUGCACCAGCACCAAUGGCAAUAGCCUGCAAGCUAUAUCUGGCAUGAUUGUUCCCCCCAUGUGAAAGAAUUGCCUUGAAGAAUUUUACUAAUGAAGAGGUUGAAUUCUGCUUCAGAGAGAAUCUGAUACAAGUCCCAGAGUGGAACUUUUUACUCAGGCCUUUUUAAAAAUAAAAAAGAAAUAAAGAAGAAUCUUACAGUAACUGCGGAUUUUUAAACAAAAAAAUCACCAUCCUUGCAAAUACUGAAAUUAACAAUCUACAGAUGCAAGGUGUUGAUUCAAGUUGUUUAUCCCAAAUACCUGGGAGAUAUAUUUAUUGUAUGUUGAUAAAAAAAAUCCACUUUUUUUUUUUUUUUGCAGGGGUGGGAGCUUGCUUUUAUUUCCUUCUGGUUUAUUUUUUUGAGGCUUGAUUUAACUCAACACCAUUUGUCUUUUAUGAAUCAUACAAUUACACAGGGGACACUAGAGAUGGAACUCCACAUUUUUAAUUUAUGAUUUUUUUUUUUAAAAGCUGUGUAAAGAAAAAAAAAUGAAGUGGUGUCAUUUACAUACAAGUCUGUAUGGGACAGAAUAGAAGUGCCAGUUAGUUUUUUUGUAGAAGAAUUAUGGCCAUUUAAUUAAGGGUCGGCUCCUAUAGGCUGCUUAUCCAGUGGUGACUUGCUAAUACGAUGCAUUUGUAAUGUUCUAAUUAGAUAUCACUUCCUAGAAAGCUGAUAUUUUUGGAUGAGGAGGGCAGGGUGAGGGGUGGGAUUAAUAACCUCUCUCAAUAUCAGGCUAAGCAAUUGUGUAAAUAAUGCAGCAGGAAAAGUUGGCGAAAGGGAAAGUAAGGAUGCAAAUAACAAACACAUUCCCUCUUGAACUGAAACCCAGUGCCUCUAGAUGUAAUGCUAAAACAGCAGAAUUGGAUGAGCAUGGCUCUCUCUUUAGCUUAUGUAUCAGAAUUUUUCCAAAUGAGUGGCCUUCUGGAAGUUUAGUGUUACCUGAGCUGUGCAUUAAUGCCGUUUGGGUUUUGCACAGCCGUCUGAUGACACGGACUGCGGCCGUCACACAGGGGGAGUGUUCUCAACCUGGCCCCUCUCCCCUUGACCUAUUUGUUUUUGUGGGGCAGAACAAGAAUAGACUUGUCUGUGGUUCUGCAUCCUCAUAACCUAAAAGCACACAUUUUCUUCAGCCUCCCACUAGGAUUGUUCCUGUAUCGGUCGACCCUCUGGGUUUGUAUCAUAAUAUAUUAAGCGACAGGUAACUGCGUUUGAAUAGUAAAGGGAAACAUGACUUUGGGGGGUGGGGGGGUGAGGGGUGGGGCUGUUGUUAGAAAGACUUCAAAUCAAACCCAUAGCUUCUGUUUUACCAAACUUUUGCUAUCAUUAUCUGGGAAGUGUUCUUAAAAAAACCUAUUAGUCAAAGAGGCAGCAAAGCUCUGAAGAUGCAUUACCUGAUAUUUUUUUCUUUGCUGUUGUGUUUUGUAUGUAGUUAUAAAUACUGUAGAUUUUUUGUGAUUU